CUAAACGCAUCACAAGCACUCUCGCACACCUAAACCCUACUGCCCCUCCGCUGCUCUCCCCUUCUCACAACGAAAUGGCCGCCGCCGCACGCCCCCUGGUCUCUGUUCAAACCCUCCCCUGCCUCAACGACAUGGUCACGGAUUCGGCUGCCACCGUGGCUCUCCCCGAUGUCAUGAAGGCCUCGAUCCGACCAGACAUCGUCAACUACGUCCACUCAAACAUCUCCAAGAAUAGCCGCCAGCCUUAUGCCGUCUCCAAGAAAGCCGGUCACCAGACCUCAGCCGAAUCAUGGGGUACUGGUCGUGCCGUUUCUCGUAUCCCCCGUGUUCCUGGUGGUGGAACUCACCGUGCUGGUCAGGGAGCUUACGGAAAUAUGUGCCGUGGUGGACGCAUGUUUGCUCCCACCAAGAUCUGGCGCCGCUGGCAUAGGAAGAUUAAUGUGAACCAAAAGAGAUACGCUGUCGUUUCAGCUAUUGCUGCAUCUGCUAUACCCUCUCUGGUGAUGGCACGUGGUCACCGCGUGGAGUCAGUCCCCGAGAUGCCUUUGAUUAUCUCCGACUCAGCCGAGAGCAUUGAAAAGACAUCUACUGCUAUUAAGGUGCUCAAGGAGAUCGGUGCUUUUCCAGAUGCUGAGAAAGCUAAGGAUUCUCACGCGAUCCGGCCUGGAAAGGGGAAAAUGAGGAACAGGAGGUAUAUUUCUCGCAAGGGACCCCUGAUUGUUUAUGGAACCGAAGGUGCUAAGAUGGUUAAGGCCUUCCGUAAUAUUCCAGGAGUGGAGGUUGCUAACGUUGAGAGGUUGAACUUGUUGAAGUUGGCUCCUGGUGGUCAUCUUGGAAGGUUUGUGAUCUGGACGAAAUCAGCUAUUGAGAAGCUUGAUUCAAUUUAUGGUUCAUUUGAGAAGUGUUCAGAGAAGAAGAAGGGGUAUGUGCUGCCUAGGUCCAAGAUGGUCAAUGCUGAUUUGGCUAGGAUCAUCAACUCUGAUGAGGUUCAGAGUGUUGUGAAGCCAAUCAAGAGGGAGGUUAAGAGGGCUACUUUGAAGAAGAACCCAUUGAAGAACUUGAAUGUGUUGUUGAAAUUGAACCCAUAUGCUAAGACUGCUAGGAGGAUGGCUCUUUUGGCCGAGGCAGAGCGUGUGAAGUCUAAGAAGGAGAAGCUCGACAGGAAGAGGAAGCCUGUCUCAAAGGAGGAGCUAGCCGCUGCCAAGGCUGCAGGAAAGGCAUGGUACAAGACAAUGAUCUCAGACAGCGAUUACACAGAGUUUGAGAAUUUCACAAAGUGGCUUGGUGUCUCUCAGUAAUAGUUCUGUUUUUAGAGAAGAGUUUUGUUCAUCUACUCGAUUCUGUUAUCAACUUUUGUUUGUUUUUUGUUGUUGGACAUGGAUGAGAUUUGUUGGGAAUUGGAUUUUUGGUAUUUCGAUACCGUUCUUUCAUUCCCACUCUUGCUCUAUUUUGCUAGCUCAAAGAAUUUCUAUUACCAUCAGAAUUGGAAUGGAUCAUUUUAUGA